AUGGUGGUUGGCUAUGUGAAGGUUGGAAAUAUGGUGGAGGCAAAGAGGCUGUUUGAUGAAAUGCCUCAGAGGAAUGUGGCAUCAUGGAAUGCGAUGAUAUGGGAUUUUGUGAAGGUGAAAAAUUUGGGCAAUGCUAGGGUAGUGCUUGAUGCUAUGCCGGAAAAGAGUGUUGCUUCUUUCACGAUCAUGAUUGAUGGCUAUGCAAAGGCUGGUGAUACAUACAUGUAUAAGGUUGCUACUUCUCUCGAAAAAUCCUUGCAGGGAUUUGAGUAUGUGUAUGGUGACAUUGUGAGUGGGGUCAUAGAUGUCAAUGAAUUAGGGUUCUUGGUUAAGCAUAUGGAAUGUAUGGUGAGGAAGAUGGAUAGGUAUGUUAGUAACACUAAGAAUUUGUAUAGUGAAAUGGAGGUUUUGAAUCAAUUAGAGCAAGCUAUGAACAAGUUUCAGAAUAAUCAAAAUGAUGAGAGUAGGAGGGUCAUUGAGCAGAAACUCGCAUCACAGAGGCAAGAUAUUGGAGGGCUGUUCCAUGCAUGCAGGCAGGCCUGCAACAUGGCCCCCCGUGCUGCUGCAACAUUGGAACUCAGCAAAAACCUGCAUCGCUUCACGGGUUCCACAGCACCACGCCCCCGACGUGUUGGCAUCACCACGCCUCCUGCGUGUUGA